AUGAAUGCACCACCUUUCAGACUUCGUCUCUGUACGGUACUCAGCCGCUUUGGGGACCAGCUGAUUAUUCGGUCCAUGGACGUCAUGGUCACCUAUGCGCAGGGUUACCAGUAUCACUUCAUCUCGGCACAGGACGAAGUUUACGUCGCUGGAGUCAAAAGCGGUUGCCACGUCUUACCGCGUCUUGACAUGUUUUCAAUUGAGGACUUCGACAAAUGGAGUUCGAUUCGCUACGAUGACUACGAGUCCGGUUCCAGCGGAGGGAGUGUCGACACAAACAUACGGCAUAUAGACGUCUCACAUUAG